AAUUAUCGUCAGGUCAAGUGGAGCUGUUGUUUCCAUUAUUAUAUCCUAGUGCAUGUGCCAACGGUAAGGAUUUUGGAUAUGCCGGUAUACGACAUCCGGACCCGCUUUGCCUUCUUUGUCUUACCCUUUCGGCAUUGUGCGCCGUCAAUGCAAGAGCUAAGAUACAGUCAGACGAAAGAGAAAGAAAGAAAAGUACCGGACGUGAUCUGCACAACGCCAGUAAAUUGGCAGGUUGGACCGAGUGCCAGUGCUUCGGUACUGUUUUUCCUCCCUCAUAUGGAAGGGAAGGGCUAUGUCCCGUUUGCUCUCUCCCAGGUGCUCGGUAUGGCCUGGAUGGCACGGCAGGAGUAAUAAUACUCUGUAGUAUGCGAGUAGUUCAACCCAAGUAAUAUAAAGCCUCUGGUUAUUUUGGACGUAGUGUUUCAAUCCAGAACAACAGUAUCACCUUGCAACACGAUGACACCAAAAAUCGCACUCAUUACCGGAGGUGCCAGCGGCAUGGGCCUCGCCGUGGCCAAAUCCCUCGCAGCUCAAGGAUCCUGGCAUAUCCAUCUGCUCGACAUUCAUCCCGAUCGAGGCACCGAGGCAGCAAAUGGCCUACAUCCUCAUGCGACCUUUCACAAAGUCGAUAUAUCGAACUACAAUGACCUGGCAGCGGUCUUCCAGGAAGUUUUUCAGCGGCACCGUCGACUCGACUUUGUUUUUGCCAAUGCGGGGAUCAUCGAACGGACGAAUUUCUUUGAGAAUCUGCCACAGCAGAAACCCACAGAUACAGAGCAAGUACCGCCGGAGCCGAAGGGUCUGCAGGUUAUCAGUGUGAAUCUGAAUGGCGUCGUAUUCACCAGUUACUUGGCGAUGCAUUACUUCCGACGGUCACCUGACAAGGGCAGGGGAUGCAAUUUGGUCAUGACAGCCAGUUGUGGAGGAUUGUAUCCUUCGCAUUACUCGCCGUUGUACACUGCUACGAAGCAUGGCGUGGUCGGAUUCAUGCGCUCCAUUGCAACUCAAUUAUGGCAAAACGACGGCAUCCGGGUCAAUGCCAUCUGCCCCGGAAUCGCACAGACCGAUCUUGUCGGUGCUCAAGGAUGGGCCAGCUUCCCUCCUCACCUGUUCAUCCCGUUGGAAACCAUCGCCAGGAUUGUGCUUAUGCUCAUCCUGGCGGAUGACGGGAGUACGGACCACGGAAUGACCGAUGCAACGGGCACGUUCAUUCCUGCCACGCAAAGGUACGGCCGUGCGGUGGAGAUCUCGGGGGACAAGUUCUACUUCCGAGAGGCGCCUGAAUUCUGUGAUGAUGGGAUGCGGGCGAUCAUGGCAGCGACGGUGGUGGAGAAUCAGGUUGGAGGCGUGCUGAAUGGUACUUCUCGUACAAGCAAGCUGUAGUGGCUAAUGAAGAUCAUUGGAUAUCCUUGUAAGCGACAUAAGCGAGGGCUAAAGGAUUCCCGGGUUGAACUGCCGGAACUUUUGCCGCCUGCGCCGCAUAAAAAUGAAGUCAAACGAAGUAAAGAGAGGGAAAAACAAGCAAUUGUAUUUAUUGUACAUAUGAAUGCACUUCGGGAUAAAAUUUCCAAAUUAACAUCAGACCAAUGCGACCCCGUUAACUGUCAUUCUUAUCCGACUUUGACUUUCGGACUGGCCCGUCUACCAAAACCCCAAUCAGUGGGCCCGAAGGAACGGCGGUUUCGCUUCCAGUUGGUGCUGGCCAUUGGGUGAUGUAUCUGUCAAUAAAUGCAAACGCACUCUGACAGCUAUAUUUUGGAAUUCCGGAUCAUUUUAAAAUGAAUAUGACUA